GUCAUUCGUGAUCAUUUGAUUACAGUCUUCCAUUCAUUAGAGAUCUGUGAUCGUUCUUUUCAUCAUAUCAUACCAUCCUUCGUUCUUCACCGCAAACAUGAAGACCUCAACUUUCUUUACCGUGGCCGUCGCCGUUGCCGGUGUAUCAGCUGACAUCGUCCCGGCCCAACCCCCGACCAAAGUCCAGCGAGACCUCGCAACUGUAACCUCAGUCGUCUCUCAAGUCUCAGCAGCUAUCACCAAGCUCGACACCUCUGUCAAGUCCUUCGACGGGUCAGACCUCAGCGGCGUCCAAACCAACGCCCAGGCCCUCAUCUCGGCGCUCACAUCCGGUGCCUCCACGCUCGGCAGCAGCGGUUCCAUCUCUCUAUCUGACGCCCUAAGCCUACAGAGCGUCGUAACCCCUCUAGGUACCGUGGCCCAGACACUCGUCGACGAUGUCAUAGCCAAGAAGGACAAGUUCCAACAAGCAGCCGCAUGCUCCACCGUCGGAACGCAAAUCUCAAACGCCGGGACCGCGGCGAAGUCUCUUGUGGACGGCGUUGUCGCCCAGGUACCCGAGGCAGCGCAGAGCAUCGCAGAGUCCGUCGCGAGUAAAAUCGUGGACACCCUAACGAACCUAACCUCGGAGUUCUCGUCUGAUAAGUGCAAGAACUCGGGAAGCUCUGCGAGCAGCGCUACUGUCUCGUCCAGAACCACAGCGGUUGCUCUUAAGGAGAGUUCCGCGGCAGUCGUCGCUUCAACCACUGCUAAGGAGCUCGCUACCAAUAGCGCGGUUACUGUAACCGUUACUGCGCCAUGCGUGUGCUCUGGAUCUACCACCUCUUCGGCGGUUGUCAUCAGAACAUCAAGCGCACCAGUCUUCCCAGCGAACUCGACGACCGUCUUCCUCACCGGCACCGGGGCGAAAUCUACUCCAGCAUCCGCAACCCAGUCCAUCGUUACCGCCGGCGCCAUCGCCCACGGCGCAGCUUCAGGCUCGAUGGGCUUCGUCGCCGCGGUGGCUGCUGUUCUGUUCAUCUGAUUCCAAAUAUACCCAAGCGUGUUUUCUUUCGUCUUGUUAUUGCGGUUACGGUUGGCGGGAAACGAUUGAUGGUUCUGCUUAUAUCAUGAAUACCUAAAGCUGGACUCUUUAACCCUUUCCCAUCUUCGGCGUUCCGCGCUCCUGCGCGUCGGGGCUGGCGUACCCGCUGGUGUAGAUAUGUCGAUAUUUGUCUAUAGAAAAUAGAAGAAGCUGUAUAUACGAUGCUUUGGAGUAU